GGGCUGGCGCCGAGCGGGGCGCCGAGCGCGGAGAGCGCAGCCCGGCACGGAGCAGAGCGCCAGGCGCCGACAGGAAGCCGCGGCGCCCGGCCCGGGGGCGAUUGGCCCACAGUGCCCCCGGGGCGCCAUGGCCCUACCGCGGCCGGGCGCACCCGCGGGGCCCUGGGCUCGUCGGCUGGUGCGCAGCUGAGCAAGGUGCAGCUUGCAGAGGCCGGGGCCCCCCAGGGCGCAGCUGGGGGCCGGCGCCAUGGAGCCCCCGGCCGCCCCCUCGGAAAGGAGCCUGUCUCUGUCUCUGCCCGGGCCCCGGGAGGGCCAGGCCACCCUGAAGCCACCCCCCCAGCACCUGUGGCGGCAGCCUCGGACCCCCAUCCGUAUCCAGCAGCGCGGCUACUCCGACAGCGCGGAGCGCGCCGAGCCAGAGCGGUCGCCGCACCGGCACAUAGAGCGCGCCGACGCCGUGGAUACCAGCGACCGGCCCGGCCUGCGCACGACCCGCAUGUCCUGGCCCUCGUCCUUCCACGGCACCGGCACCGGCAGCGGCGGCGCGGGCGGAGGCAGCUGCAGGCGGCGCCUUCGGAUUCUCCGCAGCUGCCAGGAUUUUGGCCGCCAGGCCUGGGCUGGCUUCGAGGCGGAGAAUGGGCCGACGCCGUCUCCGGGCCGCAGCCCCAUGGACUCGCAGGCGAGCCCGGGGCUCGUGCUGCACGCCGGGGCGGCCACCAGCCAGCGUCGGGAGUCCUUCCUGUACCGCUCCGACAGCGACUAUGACAUGUCACCCAAGACUAUGUCCCGGAACUCAUCAGUCACCAGCGAGGCGCACGCCGAGGACCUCAUCGUAACGCCGUUUGCCCAGGUGCUGGCCAGUCUCCGGAGCGUCCGCAGCAACUUCUCCCUCCUGACCAAUGUGCCCAUUCCCAGCAACAAGAGGUCCCCGCUGGGUGGCCCAACCCCUGUCUGCAAGGCCACGCUCUCAGAGGAGACGUGUCAGCAGUUGGCCCGAGAGACGUUGGAGGAGCUGGACUGGUGUCUGGAGCAGCUGGAGACCAUGCAGACCUACCGCUCUGUCAGCGAGAUGGCCUCCCACAAGUUCAAGAGGAUGCUGAACCGUGAACUCACACACCUGUCAGAAAUGAGCAGGUCAGGAAACCAGGUGUCAGAGUACAUUUCCACAACAUUCCUGGACAAACAGAAUGAAGUAGAGAUCCCAUCACCCACAAUGAAGGAGCGAGAAAAACAGCAAGCACCGCGGCAGAGACCCUCCCAGCAGCCCCCGCCCCCUGUGCCGCACCUCCAGCCCAUGUCUCAGAUCACAGGGGUGAAAAAGUCGACGCACAGCAGCCUGAACAACUCUAGCAUCCCCCGCUUCGGGGUGAAGACAGACCAAGAGGAGCUCCUGGCACAAGAGCUGGAGAACCUGAACAAGUGGGGCCUCAACAUCUUUUGCGUGUCGGACUAUGCGGGAGGUCGCUCCCUAAGUUGCGUCAUGUACACGAUAUUCCAGGAGCGGGACCUGCUGAAGAAGUUCCGCAUCCCUGUGGACACGAUGGUGACAUACAUGCUGACGCUGGAGGACCACUACCACGGCGACGUGGCCUACCACAACAGCCUGCACGCCGCGGACGUGCUGCAGUCCACCCACGUGCUGCUGGCCACGCCCGCGCUGGAUGCCGUGUUUACGGACCUAGAGAUUCUUGCCGCCCUGUUCGCGGCUGCCAUUCACGACGUGGAUCACCCUGGGGUCUCCAACCAGUUCCUCAUCAACACCAACUCGGAGCUGGCGCUCAUGUACAACGAUGAGUCGGUGCUUGAGAAUCACCACCUGGCCGUGGGCUUCAAGCUGCUGCAGGAGGACAACUGCGACAUCUUCCAGAACCUCACCAAGCGCCAGCGGCAGAGCCUGCGAAAGAUGGUCAUCGACAUGGUGCUGGCCACAGACAUGUCCAAGCACAUGACCCUCCUGGCUGACCUGAAGACCAUGGUGGAGACCAAGAAAGUGACCAGCUCGGGGGUCCUCCUGCUGGACAACUACUCCGACCGCAUCCAGGUCCUUCGGAACAUGGUGCACUGCGCGGACCUCAGCAACCCCACCAAGCCACUGGAGCUGUACCGCCAGUGGACAGACCGCAUCAUGGCCGAGUUCUUCCAGCAGGGCGACCGUGAGCGUGAACGUGGCAUGGAGAUCAGCCCCAUGUGCGACAAGCACACGGCCUCCGUGGAGAAGUCUCAGGUGGGUUUCAUCGACUACAUCGUGCACCCGUUGUGGGAGACAUGGGCGGACCUCGUGCACCCGGAUGCCCAGGAGAUCCUGGACACGUUGGAGGACAACCGGGACUGGUACUACAGUGCCAUCCGGCAGAGCCCAUCCCCACCACCAGAGGAGGAGCCAGGGGGGCCAGGCCACCCACCCCCGCCUGACAAGUUCCAGUUUGAGCUGACGCUGGAGGAGGAAGAGGAGGAGGAAACAUCUGCAGCCCAGAUACCGUCCCCGGCUCAGGAUGGGAUAGAAGGCCAGGGAUGGCCCACCACCGAGGAAGGAUCCCCGGCUGCAGAUGAGACCACAGUGCAGCCUGCAUUCUCGGCAGAGGAACAGGACGUGUCGCCGGAGAUCGAGGUAGAGGAGGUGUACGUGAUGGAGCAGCCACACUCACAAGGCCGGGCGCCUGCAGCCCUGGAGGAGCCCACGUGCCAGGAGGGAUCGGCAGAUGCCGUAAGCGGCAGCAGCCCCCCCGCCCUGUGUCUUGGAAGCCCCCUUCCGCCUGCCUUGAGGACCCCGUCCAUUUCAGAGGAGGCCCCGGGCCUCCCGGGCCUCCCCUCCACGGCGGCCGAGGUGGGGGCCCAAAGAGAGCAUCAGGCUGCCAGGAGGGCUUGCAGUGCCUGCACAGGGACGUCUGGGGAGGACCCCCUGACACUCCCAGCUCCUGGCGGCUGGGACUCGGGCGGAGACCCCACCUGAGCCCUAGCCCCUGCUCCCUGUGGCCCUCCCUGCUCCCCUGUCCCCACCUGCCCCCACGACCACCUCCUCCUCCGCUGCCUCAAAGACACUCGGCCCUCCUGAGAAAAAAGAAAACAGAAAAGUGGGGUUUUUUCUCUUUUCUUUUUUUCCCCUUUCCCCCCGCCCCCACCCAUGGGGCCCUUUUUUGGAGGUGGGGGCUGGGGAACGAGGGGCUGAGGUCCCGGAAGGGAUUUUAUUUUUUGAAUUUUAAUUGUAACAUUUUUAGAAAAAGAACAAAAAAAAAAAAGAAAAAAAAAAAGGAUGCAACACAGCAACUGUAGACGCUCCUGUUCCUGGUUCUCCUUUUCCACCUCCAAACCCCUCACCUCUUAUCUUCCCACCCCCAUCCCCAUCCGUCCCCCAAGUUCAAGGCUGAGUCUUCCGGGCCUCUUAGACCUCUGCACCUGGGCCCAACAGGCUGUGGCACCUCAUUCUAGGCUUUUCUUCUGAAUUUUGGAGGGUCUCUCGAAGCCAGCCAGGAAAAGCCAUUCUGGGCAGGGCUGGAUGGUGGUGGGGGCAGGUUUCACUCUGGGAGGCCCCAGCUCCAGCCCCUCCCUGGCUCCUUGUCCCCCAUCCCCCCAACAAAAGUCUUCCGCCUCAUUUUGCACAAUCCUGGCAAUACUGACUAGGGGGUCAGUGAGCCGGGGGAGCUGUUCACUUUAGGAUGCAGGGGGUGGCGUCUUCAGAAGGAUCUUCGGCCUGACCCCCCCUGCUUGCACCCCUUUCCCCUCCUACUUUGGGUUCACUUUGAAUUUUCUCCGUUUUUGGGGGGGAGGCGGUUCUGAUCCGCACACACACCCCUCCCCCCUUCCAGCUGCUUGUCCUCUUGUUUCUGCCUUAAUGACUUCCAUGGCCAUAGGAGAAGGGGGUUGCAGUGGCUCCCACCUGCACCUUGGGUGCAGGCCCCGAGCCCCCAUCCUGGCUGUCCCCCUCUUUCCCAGCAUCCUCUUUACUCCCUUCCAGACUCUGACCAUGGCCCCUGACCCUUUGCCCUAGGAGGAAGCAAUAAUGGUGUAUACCCUCAUCCCCCAUCCUGGGCAACCCUUCCCACCCUGCCACCAAAGUAAUGGCCCGACCUUGCCUUGCCGAUCCUCUCCCUGCCCCCCUCCACCCCUCCGGUAGCCCCUGAGCAAUACAACAGAUAGAUGCAAGGCCAUUUUUCUCCAAGCCAUGGGGGACCGUUUGGAAGGAAAGAUCCCCUCCCCAGCCCCCAGCCCCCAGCCCCACACCUCUAGGCCUGGUUCUGCCACCAGGCAGAGCAGGGGCUAUCUGGUUCAUUGCCUGCCCCCACCCAAUCUGAGCACACGGUACUGUAGCCCCCAAUUUCUCCCUAGCCUUCCAUCUGUCUGUCCUCCUCCUCCAGUGGGGAGAAACCCCCACUGCCCCCCCCCACAAUGCUGUACAGGGUUCAUUUUUGUAGCGAAAGUAGUUUCUGUCCCAGCCGGCAACCGGAGUGGGCUUUUUCUUUGUUUUCUUUUCGUUCGUACUUUUUCUUUUUUGUUUCUUUUUUCUUUUUUGUACAUAACUGUAAGGUUGGUUUGUAAAUUAUUCUACAGAGGCAAAAAGGGAAAAUAAAUUUGCCCUUCCCUGGCUAACCCCGUCAGGAAGGUAGGGAGGGGGUCUCUGGAAAGAGAGACUCGGCUCCUGCUGUAUUAUACAAAUUGUACCAUAGUCCCGGGGACGGGUGGACUCACUACCGCUGCUGUUUUUAUGGGAAGUCGUGUCAUCACAGGGGGCGAGGGCUGGGCAGAGCCUGCCACCUCCCCCUUCCCCAGGAGCCAGGGGGUGACUGGUGAGAUGGACCCCACCCCCAAUCAGGGCUCCUCUCCCCAGGGUGGGUGCAGGACCCUGUGAGCUGCUUGUGUGUUGUCCACUUUGGCGAUCAAUAAUUCGGUCUGUUGAUCGAUGAUCCUUCCAUCUUGUCUCCAAUUAAAUUGAGGCUUUCACCGAU